AUGAUCGAAGUGGUUUGUAACGACAGACUCGGAAAAAGAAUCAAAGUCAAGUGCUUGCCUGAAGACACAGUAGGUGAUUUCAAGAAAAUAUUGUCCUUGCAAAUUGGAACCAACGCUGAAAAAAUUGUGUUGAAGAAAGGAUACAGGAUUUUCAAGGAUCACAUAACAUUGGACGAUUAUGAAAUUCAUGAUGGAACUAAUAUUGAAUUGUACUACUCAUAG